AUGGGUCUUACAAAGCAAUAUUUACGUUACGCACCAAGUGGAACUUUCAACAUAAUUGCUAGUGCUGAUUGCAAUAGUACUCACGUAUCUUUAAAUGGAAUUAGUGGAAGAUAUGUAGCAGUUGGAGCAUGUGAACAUGUUAUUAUUUGGGAUAUGAGAUUAGGAGAAAAAGCUCAGGUCAUCCCUGGUGAGAAUGUAGUAGUUUCACAAAUAGCAGCAAGCCCAACAGGCAAUCAUAUGGCAGUGGGUUAUGUUGAUGGGAACAUUAAUGUGUUUGAACUAAUGAACAAUGAGAUAGUGUGUGUUUUUGCUGGACACAAGUCAGCUAUUACAAGUUUACAGUAUGAUGAGCAGGGUCACAGAAUAGUUUCUGGAUCAAAGGAUACAGAGGUUAUUCUCUGGGAUGUUGUGUCAGAAACUGGUGUGGCGCGAUUCAGUGGACAUAAAGGUGCCAUAACAAGUGUUCUUUUUAUAAAUGGCAAAAAUUGUAUAGUUAGUGCUUCAAAGGAUACUUUUAUUAAGUUUUGGGAUAUUGAGACUAAACACUGCUUCAAAACAUUAGGUGGACACCAAAUGGAGGUAUGGUCAGCGGUGCUAUUAAAGGAAGAAAGAUAUUUGGUGACUGGCAGCAUGGAUCAAGAAUUACGUGUUUGGAAAUUGAAUUGGACAGAUAAGAUGAAGGAAGAAGAUAAACUAGUGCAGCAGCUAGAAAUAGUAAAAAUUGAGGAGACUGAUAAUACAGAAGACACUUCAGUUUUGCAAUGUCACCAAGUGGGCACCUUAAUACGCGGUGGCAAAGGGCGUGUAGUUGGUCUAUGCACUGAUCCAGGCCAGAGCGUGCUUGCAUGUUUUGGGACAGACUCUUUGCUUGAGUUAUUUGCGUUUUGUUCUGAUGAAGAAGCAAAAAUUAGGAUGAAUAAGCGGGUUAAGAAACAGAGAAAGAAACUUGCUAAACUCAAAGAAAGCGGUGAAGUGGACGCCGAAGCGACAGAGAUCAGCGAAUUGCUAACAUUGUCUGACGAAGUACGACGGUUGACAUCUGUGAAGUUAUCCGCAAAGAUCAAGUCUGCAACUCUACUGCUUGGCACUACGGGAGAGCUGCGAGUCGGAGUCACACUUUCUAAUAAUACUGUAGAGUUACAUAGCUUGAAGCUGGGCGAAGAAGGAGAAGUAAAAUGUUUGAAACAAAUUACGCAACCUGGUCACCAGAAAGAGCCGCGCUGUGUUGCCAUCAGUUCCGACAACCUGGCCGUACUGUCUGCCGCAGCGGAUUCCGUUAAACUUUGGAAUAGGACGAGCCAAGCGUGCUUACGCAGUAUCCCGCUGUCGGGCGGACGUCCGUGCAGUGCGUGCUUCGCGCCGGGCGACCGGCACGCGCUGGUGGGCUGCGCGGACGGCGCGCUGCUGCUGCUGGACGUGGCGGCCGCGCGCGUGCUGGAGCCCGUGCCCGCACACACCGCCUCUUGCAACUCACUGGGACUCACGCCUGAUCUACGCGGUUGUUACAGUGGCGGUGCAGAUAAGACCGUAAAGUUAUGGCAGUUUGAACUUAUUCCUGAUCCAACCGGCGAAUCUAAAGCCAAGGUUCUCUCCCUUCUUCACACAAGAACGCUAGAGUUGGAAGAGGUAGUGUGUGCUGUUAAGAUAAGUCCAAAUAACAAAUUCAUUGCGGUGGCGCUGAUGGAUUCCACAGUGAAGAUAUUCUUCCUUGAUACCUUUAAGUUUUACCUAUCACUCUACGGGCACAAACUGCCCGUCCUCUGUCUGGACAUCAGCUACGACUCUAACCUCAUCGCGACCGGUUCAGCGGAUCGUAACGUCAAGAUCUGGGGCAUGGACUUCGGUGAUUGCCAUAAGUCGAUAUUCGCGCACAACGAUUCCGUCACCGCACUCCAGUUUGUGCCGAACACUCACUAUUUCUUCACCGGCUCUAAAGACGGCAAGAUCAAGCAAUGGGAUGCUGAUACUUAUGACAAUAUAAUAACUCUCAAUGGGCACGCGGGCGCGUGCUGGGGCGUGUGCGUGGGCGCGGGCGGGCUGCACGGCGCGUCGUGCGGCGCGGACGGCGCGCUGCGCCUGCUGGCGCGCACCGACGAGCCGCUCGUGCUCGGCGACACCGACGACGCCGACGAGCCGCUCGCCACCGGCGAACAACACGCGCCUGUUCCAGGAUUACCAGGAUUAAAUAUGCCAACAAAGAAAACAAUAGGUGCAGAAAAAGCUGCCGAUUCAAUAUUGGAAUGCCUGUCGGUGGGUGCAGAAUAUGAACGGCAGGUGGCCGAGGCGAGAGGGCAACCCGUGCAGCCCCCUUUGCUCAUGGCGGCCUACAAUUGUAACUCCGCAGAGGAUUUCUUACUAGAGAUUCUUAAAAAAAUACGUUCUAGCGAGCUGGAGGAGGCGCUGCUGCUGCUGCCGCUGAGCGCGGCGGGCGAGGCGCUGCGGCUGGCGGGCGCGCUGCUGGAGCGCGGCGCGUGCGCCGAGCUGGUGAGCCGCGCCGCGCUCUUCCUGCUGCGCCUGCACCGCGCGCCGCUGGCUGCCAACCCGCGCCUGCUCAAGCACCUCAUACAGAUACAGGCCAAGGCCGCCAUACGCAUCAACGAGCUGCGGGACAUGGUGGGCUACAAUUUGCACGCCCUUCAAUGGCUUCGUCGUGAAGCAGAGGCGGCAGAAAGCGAGCAGCUGUUCAAAGUUGCUGUUGGGGAAAAGAAAGCACGGGACUCGAAACGUCGAGCCAGGCAGGCGGUCAAACGGCCAAUAAUAACUGUGACAUAG